AUGGCCGGAGGAGAAGGAGGACGAGAGGAGCUCACGACGGCUCUGUUGAAAAAGACGGCCGAGAACGUCGGAGAAGAGGAUGAGUUGAGGAUGAAACAAAAAGUUUGGAUUGAAUCAAAGAAGCUAUGGGUUGUGGCUGCACCGGCAAUCUUCACGAGAUUCUCUACGUUCGGAGUUUCGAUGAUAAGUCAAGCCUUCAUGGGACAUCUUGGCCCUAUCGAGUUAGCCGCUUACUCCAUCACCUUCACCAUUCUCCUCCGUUUCAGUAAUGGUAUUUUGUUAGGCAUGGCGAGUGCACUAGAAACACUAUGUGGUCAAGCCUACGGAGCAAAACAAAACCAUAUGCUUGGAAUCUACCUUCAAAGGUCAUGGAUCGUCCUCACAGGUUGUACUAUUUGCCUCACGCCCGUCUACAUCUUUUCGGGUCCUAUCCUCUUAGCCUUAGGUCAAGAGGAACGCAUUGUCCGUGUGGCUCGGAUCAUAGCCUUAUGGGUCAUAGGCAUCAACUUCUCCUUCAUACCAUCCUUCACUUGCCAAAUGUUCCUCCAGGCUCAGAGCAAGAACAAGGUCAUUGCCUACGCGGCUGCUGUCUCCUUAGGGAUCCAUGUGUUCUUGUCGUGGCUCCUAAUAGUUCAUUUCAAUUUGGGAAUCACUGGUGCUAUGACAUCGACGCUAGUUGCGUUCUGGUUGCCUAACAUUGCACAGCUCUUGUUCGUGACGUGCGGUGGGUGUAAAGACACGUGGAGAGGAUUGUCUAUGUUGGCUUUCAAAGAUUUAUGGCCUGUCUUCAAACUAUCCUUGGCUUCAGGUGGCAUGCUUUGUUUGGAGUUAUGGUACAGCUCGAUCUUGGUACUCCUCACAGGGAAUUUGAAAAACGCAGAGGUGGCUCUUGAUGCACUAGCAAUCUGCAUCAACAUAAAUGGACUGGAGAUGAUGAUAGCACUAGGAUUUUUGGCAGCAGCAAGUGUAAGAGUAUCGAACGAGCUCGGUAGGGGAAACCCAAAAGGAGCCAAGUUUGCAACAUUGACAGCGGUUUUCACGUCACUCUUUAUAGGAUUAGUUUUAUUCUUCGUCUUCUUGUUUCUAAAAGGAAGAGUUUCCUACAUUUUCACUACAAGUGAAGCUGUCGCAGCAGAAGUUGCCUCUCUUUCUCCACUUUUAGCCUUUUCCAUUCUCUUGAACAGUGUUCAACCCGUUCUAUCUGGAGUUGCGGUUGGAGCGGGAUGGCAAGGAUAUGUUACUUACGUUAACCUUGCAUGCUAUUACCUUAUUGGGAUUCCUACUGGUGUUUUCCUUGGUUACGUAGUUGGUUUGCAAGUCAAAGGUGUAUGGAUCGGAAUGCUCUUUGGAGUAUUCGUUCAGACUUGUGUGCUUAGCAUCAUGACUCUGAGAACAGAUUGGGAUCAACAGGUGUCUACGUCAUUGAAACGUUUGAACCAGUGGGUUGUACCAGAAUCUAGAGACGUAAAGCAUAAUUCAUCAGAGAAAUAA